AUGGCCAAUCUAAAUCCUCCGACUUACACAAAUGGCAUAAAUGUACCUCAUAGUAUAGUAGGGAUGCAAAAUACACCUAGGAUGCUGGUACAACCUCAGACAUACACUAACUUACCUGUUGGCCUCGGAUUUCCCACCAGAAUGCCAGGCCAAAUGCCAAUGCCUUCUAAUAUAACGCAGCCAGGACCUCUAGGAAGAUGCACACUACGAAUUUAUAUGUUCAGUGAUCAUCUAUUGUGCGAGGAUGAAGCAAAGAGAUUCGAUAUAACUCACUGGAGACGUGUGGUGGAAGAAUUUUUUUCAAGCGAUGCAAAAAUGAAAUAUGUAGCAUUGAAUCAAAAUGACGGCACAAAUAGAGCAUUUGUAAAUUUCGAAUCUGGGGUCACAUCAAUUGGAUUUACAAUUAAUCAUUCUAAAGAAAUUCCUAAUAUUCAUCAGAAUAUCCAUCAUGGAUAUAUUUUAGAUGGCAAAGCUUCAUUUAUAUAUAAUUAUUCAGACGAAUCAAAGGUUAUAGCAGAAGGAAAACUUAAAGUGAAAUUUAAUACACAACUCAAAAUAGAGGUAUUUGAAUUCAUCACAGAUAAGCAUUCAGAAUAUGUACCACGACAUGUACCAGUUUUACCAGGGAGUACGAUUUCUGAAUUUGGCAUACCGCAGAAAACUCGAAGAUGCCUAGAGGUUGCCCAAGUCGUGUCAUAUCUAGACGAUGUAAUAUCAUUGACUUUCAGAAUAAAUAAAGGACCUUUAUCUGCUUUAAAUUUUAUAGCGAAUUCUGUUCAACAAGGUGUAGGAGGUGGAUCAAUGAUGAUGGCUCGAUCCAACACUACUCCUCUUACUCCUGGUCCGUCACCACCAGAAACGACAGCCAAAACUCCUAAAGAAAAAGGGGCGGAAACCAUUACCACUGAUAACACCAAUAACACAACUAACGAGUCUCCAGUUCCAUCCCCUUCAACAUCCAAAACGGAGUCACCAACUACAAAAUCUUUGGUCAAAUCACCGGUUCAAACUAAUAAAAGGACAACACCCAAUGAUACCCCAAAACAAAAGCGACCGCGAUUAAACAACAAACCCCCAAAAAAAGGUAACCGGCAUGAUACGGGUUCAUGA